ACCAGGCUUUUCCACUUUCUCCCCAAUCAAUUUUUCAUGGCUAUUGCACACGCGGGUUGCUUUUAAUUGGGUUUAGUGUUAUCAGCGAGGUAACCUCGUUGCCUUGAUGGGUUUCGCCUUCUCAGUCUUCAUUUGGAAAUCCUGGCGAUAUGCGGUCAUCAACUUGCCUUCUGCUCCUUCUUGGAAUGCAGCUCUUUAUCCUGGUUCCAAUCGAGGCCAAUGACUUCUCCUCUUUUCUGAGCGCCAACGCUUCGCUGGCCGUUGUUGUGGAUCAAGAAUAUAUGACCAUGCGUGGGGAGAACAUAAUGGCCCAUGUCGAGAAGAUCCUGAGCGACAUAAUACGGGAGAAUCUGAGGAACGGUGGUAUAAAUGUAAAAUAUUUCACCUGGAACGCAGUGCGAUUGAAGAAGGAUUUUUUGGCCGCCAUUACGGUGACGGAUUGCGAGAAUACCUGGAAGUUUUACAAGAACACCCAGGAGAAUUCCAUUCUGUUGAUUGCCAUCACAGAUUCCGACUGUCCUCGACUGCCGCUAAAUCGUGCUCUGAUGAUACCCAUCGUUGAGAAUGGCGACGAAUUUCCUCAAGUCAUUCUAGACAUCAAAGUCCAGCAGAUUCUUAACUGGAAAACAGCUGUGGUGUUUGUGGAUCAAACCAUAUUGGAUGAUAACUCGGUCCUGGUGAAAUCGAUUGUGCACGAGAGCAGCACCAACCACAUCUCUCCCAUCUCUCUGAUCCUCUACAAAAUCAAUGAUUCCCUCCGAGGCCAACAGAAGCGAGCUACCCUUCGUCGAGCUCUGGCGCAAUUCGCUCCCAACAAGCACGAAGAGAUGCGCCAGCAGUUCCUAGUGGUAUCCGCCUUCCACGAGGACAUUAUCGAAAUAGGCGAAACCCUGAACAUGUUCCACGUGGGCAACCAGUGGAUGUUCUUUGUGCUGGACAAGGACCCGCGGAACUUUGACCCCGACGCAGUGACCAUAAAUCUGGACGAGGGCGCUAACAUAGCCUUCGCCCUCAAUGAAACCAGUCCCGACUGUCAGUACACACUAAACUGCACCAUUAAUGAGGUAAGUCUCGCCCUGGUGACCUCCAUUUCCAGGAUGACCGUCGAAGAGGAGUUCAUAUACGGCGAGAUCUCAGACGAGGAGUGGGAGUCCAUUCGCUUUACCAAACAGGAGAAACAGGCCGAGAUCUUGGACUACAUGAAAGAAUAUCUAAAGGCCAACUCCAAGUGCUCUAGCUGCGCAAGAUGGCGCAUAGAAACUGCCAUUACUUGGGGCAAAAGUCAGGAGCAUCGCAAGUUCCGUACAGGUUUGUACAGGAUUUCCUCUCUUAAAUCACUCCCACUCACAGAUUGGAUAUCUAUAGAUCCCACACGCGAUGCCAAGAACCGAAACUUCGAGUUCAUCAACAUUGGUUACUGGAGUCCCAUGCUGGGAUUCGUCUGCCAGGAACUGGCCUUCCCGCACAUAGAGCACCACUUCCGCAACAUCACCAUGGACAUUGUGACCGUGCACAAUCCUCCCUGGCAAAUUCUCACCAAGAAUAGCAAUGGGGCCAUCGUGAAGCAUUCGGGCAUAGUCAUGGAGAUCAUCAAGGAGCUCAGUCGGGCCCUGAAUUUCAGCUACUACCUUCAUGAAGCCGCCGCAUUGAAAGAAGACUAUUUCCUUAGCUCGUCAACAAGCACCAAUGAAAGCGUGAGACUCUCCACAUUUUUCUUUGCUACUCCUUCUGCAAUCUCUUGUUUGCAGGAUGAGUUGAUUGGUUCGAUGACUUUUCGGAUUCCCUACCGCGUAGUGGAGAUGGUGCAGAACAAUCAGUUCUUCAUCGCCGCCGUGGCAGCCACCGUGGAAGAUCCCGACCAGAAGCCCUUCAACUAUACCAUUCCCAUCAGUGUGCAGAAGUACUCCUUCAUCACCCGCAAGCCGGAUGAGGUGUCCCGAAUUUAUCUGUUUACUGCUCCCUUCACCAUGGAGACUUGGCUCUGCCUGGUGGGCAUCAUCCUGCUGACGGCUCCCAUGCUGUAUGCCAUCAAUCGUCUCACUCCCCUAAAGGAGAUGCAAAUCGCAGGCUUGUCCACGAUUAAGAGCUGCUUUUGGUACAUAUUUGGAGCCUUGUUGCAACAGGGAGGAAUGUAUUUGCCGAAAGCCGAUAGUGGCCGACUGGUGGUGGGCUUCUGGUGGAUUGUGGUAAUCGUCCUGGUUACCACCUACUGCGGCAACCUGGUGGCCUUUCUCACCUUCCCCAAGUUCCAGCCGGGCGUGGACUAUCUCAACCAGCUGGAGCGCCACAAGGAUAUAUCACAGUACGGCCUGCGAAACGGUACCUUCUUCGAGCGGUACGUGCAGACGACCUCCCGCGAGGACUUCAAGCACUACUUGUCACAGGCCAAGAUCUACGGCAAUGGCCAGGAAGAGGACAUCGAGGCGGUCAAGCAGGGUCAACGCAUCAACAUCGACUGGCGGAUCAACCUCCAGCUGAUUGUGCAGCAGCAUUUCGAGCGCAACAAGGAGUGCCACUUUGCUUUGGGAAAGGAGAGCUUCGUGGACGAGCAGAUUGCCCUGAUUGUGCCGGCGCAGAGUGCGUACCUGCAUCUGGUGAACCGCCACAUCAACAGCAUGUUCCGCAUGGGCUUCAUAGAGCGCUGGCACCAGAUGAAUCUGCCCAGUGCGAACAAGUGCAGUGGGAAGGGCGCCCAACGGCAGGUGACAAACCACAAGGUGAACAUGGACGACAUGCAGGGUUGCUUCCUGGUCCUGCUCCUGGGCUUUACGGUGGCCUUUGUAAGUGGCUGCUUUGAAUUGGGUUACCGUCGAUUCCGAGCCAGUCGCAAACGGCGCGAGUUCACUAACUGACCUUUAGAAAAUGUGGUUUGAAUAGUUAGGAGUUCAAUACUGGUGGUCCUUCUAUUUACAUGGAGUUUAUAAAACUUUAGUAACUUUCUGCAGUCAAGGCAAGUGCUUUCCAAACAUCUCUAAAACUCGACGUAUUAUAAUCUAGUGUUUUAUCACAACAUUUAAAUAAAUUAAAAGAGCCAUAACUAUAAAUAAGUCAAUUAUAGUUAUUUUCUUUCGCUCAUAAACUUGUUGGUUACCCAAUAUUAUUAA